UGAGCCUGUGAGUCCGUACACCUCUGCCCUCACUGCACCACCGCCCUCAGGCACCCGCCUGGCCCACACCACUGUGACCCGAUCAAGUCUUCAGAGAGUGAGAAAGAAAGAGGACUACUCAAAGAACUUUGAGAACAAGUUUUUCUGCAUUUGAUUUCUUUAUCGAUCUACUUAUUUGGUGAAAUGGCAUGCAGAACUUGCCUCUGGCUACUAGGGACAACAUUUUUUACUUGCACAGUCCGCCUGGUUGUUGAGGGUACAGAGGUGGGAGCAACCCAGGGGUCGCACCCGGAGCCAGGGGUGGUGGGAUCAAACCACAGCCAGGCUGGAGGGGGCCAUGGGUCCAGCAUCUCAGGGAUACAAAUCGUGACCUUUAAGUGGCACCAUGUGGAAGCCCCCUAUCUCAUCGCCUUAUGGAUACUUGUGGCUGGGGUAUCCAAGAUGGUGGUCGAGCUGAACCACAACCUGACCAGUGUGAUCCCGGAGAGCGCCCUCCUCAUCAUCAUCGGUUGGAUCCUGGGCGGCAUCAUCUACGGGGCAGACAAGAUGCAGACCUUCACCCUGACACCCACCGUCUUCUUCUUCUACCUGCUGCCCCAAGUCAUCCUGGAUGCAGGCUACUUCAUGCCCAACAAGCUGUUCUUCAGCAACAUGGGCGCCAUCCUGGUUUACGCUGUGAUUGGCACCUGCUGGAACGCUGCCACUGUGGGUCUCGGCCUCUGGGGGUGCUGGUUGGGCGGGGCCAUGGGUGAUAUUGACAUUGGUCUCCUUCAGUUCCUGUUGUUUGGGAGUCUAAUUGCUGCUGUGGACCCCGUGGCUGUAAUUGCCGUGUUUGAGGAGGUCCAUGUCAACGAGGUCCUGUUCAUCAUGGUGUUUGGGGAGUCCCUCCUCAACGAUGGUGUCACAGUGGUGCUGUUCAAUGUGUUUGAUGCAUUCGUGUCGCUGGGAGGGGCAGAAAUCGAUGCUGUAGAGAUCAUUAAAGGCAUAAUCUCGUUCUUCGUGGUGGCAUUCGGAGGCUCCCUGGUUGGUAUUAUCUUUGCUCUGCUGAUCUCGCUCCUGACCAGAUGCACAAAGAACAUCCAGAUCAUCGAGCCAGGCUUCAUCUUCAUCCUGGGCUACCUCUCCUACCUGACAGCUGAGAUGCUCUCGCUAUCCGCUAUCCUGUCGAUCGUGUUUUGUGGCAUCUGCUGUCAGAAGUAUAUCAAUGCCAACAUGGAUGAGAGGUCGGUCACCACAGUACGAUACGUCAUGAAGGUGUUAGCCAAUGGCUCAGAAACCAUCAUCUUUGUCUUCCUCGGCAUCUCGGCCAUAGAUCCAGCUGUAUGGGUUUGGAACACAGGCUUCAUCCUCCUCACACUCCUCUUCAUCUUUGUGUUCAGGUUCAUAGGGGUCUUUCUCCUUACCUGGAUAUUGAACAAGUACCGACUGGUUCCCUUGGAGUUCAUUGAUCAGGUGGUGAUGAGCUACGGUGGCCUGCGAGGGGCAGUUGCCUACGGCCUUGUGGCCAUGCUGGAUGAGAAUAAAUUCAAAGAGAAGAAUUUGAUGGUCAGCACCACCCUCAUAGUGGUGUACUUCACUGUCAUGCUGCAGGGAAUAACCAUGAAACCACUGGUCACCUGGCUGAAAGUGAAGAGAGCAGCUGUGACAGAACUCACACUAGCUGAAAAAAUACAGAAUAGGACCUUUGACCACAUGCUUGUCGCCAUAGAGGACAUUUCUGGACAAAUAGGACAUAACUACAUGAGAGACAAGUGGCAUAACUUUGAGGAGAGGUGGUUGUGCUGGUUCUUGAUGAAGCCCUCUGCCAGGAAAUCCCGUGACUACAUAUUCAACAUCUUCCACCAGCUCAACCUGAAGGAUGCCAUGAGCUAUGUAAAGGAGGGAGAACGCAGAGGCUCAUUGGCGUUCGUUCGGAAUGAGACCAAGGCCGAUGUGGAUUUCAAUAAGAAGUUUCGUGCCAGUUUCUCUGAGAUUAUGCCUGACAUCAUGGCAGAUAAUAUGGGACCGGAUCAUGUUCCACUCUCCUCUAUCUUACAGGACAUUGUGCCCUCUGUCUGCCUAGACAUGCAUGAGCAGGACCUGACAAUGAGGGAGUCAGAGGACUUUAAUGCACACCAUCUACUGCAGCAGCACUUGUACAGAGGCAGGAAACAGCACAGACACAGGUACAGUCGGAGCCACCUCGAAACCAACAGGGAUGAGAAUGAGGUGCAAGAGAUCUUCCAGAGAACAAUGAGAAGCCGUCUAGAGUCAUUCAAGUCAGCCAAAAUGGGUGUCGCCCCUGCCAAGAAGAUCCAAACCAAGCAUCAAAAGAAAGAUAAACCACAAAAGAUGCCAAAUGGAAACUCCUCGGAUAAAAGUAAAAACCAUCCUUAUGGGGAUAAAGAUUUUGAGUUUUCUGAAGGAGACUGUGGCUCUGGUGGCGAGGCUGCUGGCGAUUUAUUCCCCAUGAGGGCCUAUAGAGUAGAAGCUGGAAUAGUGAACCCAGCCUUCAUGGCAGAGAUGGACCCCAUGGACAACAUGCAACAGAUCCCACAUGUAGCACUUCUUCCACAAACUUUGAACUCCUUUGACACCUAACCCUGGGUCCUGGUCGUGACCCCAGUUGCCAAAGAAUCAAACAUUGCACCUGCUCUUUGACAAAACAUUUACUAGGGCAUGUUUUCUUUGCUGUGCAGUUGUUUAAUCAUAGUUCUGUAUCCCCAGACAAAACAUUUCAGGUCCAGUAACCCUUGUGCUCUCCAAAAAAGGCUUUCAGUCUUGACUGAGCUCUUCCCUCUUCUUAGUGUAUGUUUGGUUGUAGGUUAGGUUUUUUAAAGUAAAGGGAACUGUGCUGUAUGUAACUCCAUCGUAACACAUGCAGAUCAUCAUGAGUCCAACACCAAAUAAGAAUGUUGGACAUUUGACCUUGCCAUCCAAAUCCAUGGUAAAUUCUGACCCGGUUUACCUGACAAAACCAAUCCCUCAAACAAUCCAGGAUUUGCCUGGCUUGCUCACAUCCCAUGUAGGCUGACAGCAAAAGAAAGUUCAGUCACACUUUAUUUGGAUAAUCCCAUAUAGAUAAUCUACGGCUGGUCAUAUUAUUUACAUUUGAGUCAUUUAGCAGACGCUCUUAUCCAGAGCAAGUUACAGAGUUACAGUGCAUUCAUCUUCAAAACGCUAGGAGGGGCAAGCACAUAUCACAGGCAUAGCAAGUACAUUUUUACUCAGUAAAGUAGGGUGGGUGUCAGAAGGGGGGAAGGAGAAAAGUAUCUAAGUGCCAUCCGCAUAGCAAUGAUAGGAGAGACCAUGUGAGGAUAUGAAGGAGCUCCUCCUGACCGGCUUAGCUGUCCACAACCCUGUUCUGUAAACUUACAAUGAUUCACUCAGCCACGGAGCAGGAGGGGCUGGAAGGAAAGGGGACAGUGCGAGUCAUAAGAUGCGGAAAGGGAGGAGGGUAGGACCGACGAGGCAGAAUCAGGAGACAGAAGGAUUUAGCAGAAGGGAGAGAUGGUAGAAUAGAAGAAGAGAGAGUAGUGGGAGAGAGAAAGAGCGAAGACCAUGACCAUUUGGGUAGGGGCUGAAUGGCUAGGUUUGGAGAAGAGUGAGACAGAAAAGGAAACAAAGAAGUGAUCAGAUACCUGGAGGGGGGGGGGGGGGUUUGUAGUGAGAUUAGUAGAAAAAUGAGGUCAAGCAUAUUGCCUGCCUUGUGAGUGAGAGGGGACUGGGAAAGGCUGAUAGAACAUUUCCACUUAGGAGAAACGAGUAGCCCUGUGCCACCACCGCGACGACCAGAUGCUCUCAGACUUUGAGAGAAAACAUAGUCAGAUGAAGAGAGAGCAGCUGGAGUAGCAGUGUUCUCUGGGGUGAUCCAUGUCUCCGUCAGGGCCGAAAAGUCAACGGACUGAAGUGUACCAUAAGCGGAAAUAAACUUGCCGUUCUUGACUGCAGAUCGGCAGUUCCAAAAGCUGCCAGAGACCAGGAAUUGCACAUGGAUUGCGCGCGCAAGGUACACUAAAUUAGAAUGGUUGCAACCAAGGGGUGGGGAGAGUCUUUGAAGCCUACAGGGAGAGGAGUGGACAGGUAUAGAAAACACACCGUUUCCAAAGCUACAAAAGAGCAAAAUGAGAUCAUCUGAAAAUAACUAGGUAAGAUACUGAAGUGAGAGUGUGGUGUGGGAGCCUUCCUAUAUUUCCUUCCUCUAAUAACUAUGUAGAACAACAAGGCAGAACAGUCUUAGUUUUGAGACAAGACCACCACUGACACGACCCCAGCUUACAGCUGCCACUGAGAAAACAGAGGAGAUUGAACAAACUAUACUGUAUGUUGAUAAGCAACUGCUUGCUAAGGUUACAGUUAGGGUUAGGUUUGGAAUAACCGUUAGGGUAAGGGUUAAGGUAAAGAUUUGGGUUAGGAUAAGGUUAGAGCUAGGGUUAAUGGAUAGUUGAAAUGUUGUUGAUAGUUAUUGAACAUCUACUUGGGACAAUCCAAAUAAAGUGUUACCAAAAGUGUAACGACACACCAUACUUAAGUUCAUAGAAUGAGACCAAACAAGCAAGUUUAUUCAGACUGUCAUUUUUGUGACCACCUUAUGUCCUCACCCUUUAAUGUGAUCAAAUUAUGUCGAUUUUUUUGAUGAUAAAGAAUAUAAAGCACUUUAUAUGACAGUAAUUUAUUGAGAGGAUGACAUAAUCUAAUGCAAUUUUAACAAUUGAAAUGCUGUCAAUCACUUUGUGUUUUUUUCCAUUUGUUUGAGAGAUUUGUAGCCAUUUUUGAGGUCAAGAUGUGGUUGGUGUUGAGAGAUUGAAUUUUACAGAUGUAAAUGUCACUUGUAUAGUAAAGAAAUAACCUAUUUAUUCACCAAUAAAGUUUAUUGGUUACCUGUA